AUGGACUUCAACAGCUCGUCGCCCUUCCCGGAGGGGGUCAUCUCCUUCCUCGACACCGACUUGUACAAGUUGACGAUGCAAUGCGCCGUCUUCAAGUUUUUCAAGAAUAUCGAGGUGACCUACGCCUUCACCAACCGGACGCCCGACAAAAGGCUGUCUCGGGCUGGCUUCAAAUGGCUUGACGAGCAAAUCAGAAAGCUCGGCAAUAUUUCGCUGCUCAACGACGAGUACCUAUUCCUCAAGACGCACUGCCCCUACCUCACGCCCGACUACCUCGAGUAUCUGAAGGAGUUUCGACUGAGACCGCGCGACCAGGUCGCCGUCACGUUUGCCCCUCUCGGCGAGGACACUGGGGCCGACUCUGACAUUGGCGACAUCGACAUCAGGAUCCGGGGCACAUGGUCCGACACCAUUCUCUACGAAAUUCCCAUCUUGGCGCUCACGUCAGAGGCCUACUUCCGCUUCAUGGACACAGACUGGAGUUACGACGGACAGGAGGAGCAGGCGUUCGCAAAGGGCCUGAAGCUUCUGGAGGCUGGCUGCAUCACUUCCGAGUUUGGCACGCGGCGGCGGCGCGACUACCACACCCAGGCCCUCGUCUUUCGCGGCCUUGUCAAGGCGUCCAAGGAGGCUGCCGCCAAGGGCUUCCCUGGCAAGCUCUCCGGCACCAGUAACGUGCAUCUGGCCAUGCGCUUCGGCAUCCCACCCGUCGGCACCGUAGCUCACGAGUGGUUCAUGGGGACGGCCGCCAUCAUCGGCGACUACAAGAACGCAACUGAGGAGGCGCUGCGUCACUGGGUCAGCUGCUUCGGAUCGAACCUGGCCAUCGCGCUCACGGACACGUUCGGUACACGGGAGUUUCUGCACGCCUUCAGUCAGCCCAUCCGCCCCGUCGAGGGUGGGGUAUCUGCAGAUGCUUUCCAGAGACCUGACGGCAGUAUGAAGACGUACGCUGAGCUCUUCACCGGUGUCCGACAAGACUCCGGAGACCCAGCCGAGUACGUCAAGAUGAUGCGCGAGUACUACGACUCGCAGGGCGUCAAGGACAAAAAGGUCAUUGUCUUUUCUGACUCGCUCAACAUUGAGCGCUGUCUCGAGUACAAGCAGGUGUCGGACGAAUACGGCUUCCAGCCUACCUUUGGUGUCGGAACGUAUCUGACCAACGAUUUUGUUCACCUAUCUACCGGAACCAAGUCGGUUCCUCUGAAUAUCGUCAUAAAGUUGAGCUCGGCUGCGGGCCGGCCAGCCAUCAAGAUCAGCGACAACAUUGGAAAGAACACAGGAGAUAAAGAAGUAGUAGAAAAGGUCAAGCGCGAGCUCGGGUAUGUGGAGCGCGAGUGGAAAGAAGGAGACGAGACUGCGCGAUGGGGGAAAGAAGACGCCGCUUAG